AUGUAUUUUCGAAAAUUAAAAAGAAAAAGGGAUUUUACAAACCCUUUUAAAUCAUUUUCCCAAAAACAAAUCGUAUCUCUUUUAUUCUCUCCUCUCCCGAACCUUCGUCGAACCCUUCAAUGGCGAUUUAGGGUUAAUCUUCGAAACUUCUCUCCUCCGUUGGUCCUCGUCGGAGAUUUCGUCGGAGAUAGAGCCUUAGUCGAAGCCUUCUCUCUUUCUCUUCAUCUUCCUCUUUCUUCUUCUUUCAAUCGAACACAAGAACCUCUUUCACCGGAGCCUAAAAUCGAACUCUUCUUCCUCCAAUUCCAGCAGCUCGGUGACGAUGUCGUUUAUCCAUACAUCUCUUGGGGAGGGGAUUAUGUUGUGGUUGAACACGCUGAAUUUGUAAGAGCAGAUGAGGUAGAGGAUGAUAGAAUCACUGAUCUGAAGCGGAUGAUAAUGGAUAACCACGACUUCAGUGGUCAUAUUUGGGAGUUCGAAGAAGACACAGUAGAGCUUUCUUUAGAGCUAGAUGACAAAGAAGGAGAGGAUGAUGAAGUUACUCAGUCUGAAAAAGGAACAGAGAAUGCUGAAGAAGCUGAGACUGAUGAGGACUUUCAAACUCCAAAACAGUCAAGAGACAGUGACUCUUCGGCUAGGAAAGGGAAGAAGAGGCUCCCGGAUCGUGGUAUGGAAAAAAGGAAGCAUAAGGUACUCUCUGCUAGACCACAGCAAGCGCCCCUUGGUGAAGAUAUGAAGAGUUGGAUGGCACAGUUAUUUCAGCAAAAUAUUGAAGCAAUGGAAGAUAGGCUUCAGAAACAGAUGGCUGAGAGAUUUGAGAAGAUGCAGUCUGAGCUGAAAGGGUCACUUAAGGUUGGAGGAGGUCAACUUGAUCAUGGAGUGGCAUCCCCGAGGAAGUCAUCCCCAAGCAAGCCAUCGGCAAGCAAGGCGACCACAAGCAUGCCAUCACCUAGCAAGCCAACUCUGAGGAGAUCCGAGCGCGUGGUAAAGAAACACUAUUUCAGUGAGGGAGUAGAUAUGGACUUCGAUGUAGAGAUAGGUACCCAAGGCGUAGAAGGGCUUUCUCAGGCAUCAUUUGUGCCCGGAUUUGAUCCAUCGCAGACCAAUAGGGAAGACGGGACACGUGACUUUUGGACUCCAUUGACUUCACUUCGACCUCCAGUAACUGUGGCAAAGGAAGGUAGUUCAGCUCCACCGCCUAGAAGGUGGGAGAAGUGGUACAAAGGAGGAGUUAAAACACUCCAGCUCAGUGAUUCACCACUUCCUGAAGAUGCUUCUCCGGAGUUCCCGUUGUAUUAUGUUGCAGAAGACACAUGGACCAGAUUCAGUGAAUGGUCAAUGAGUCCAAAAACUUUACAGAUUGGUCCUACAGCCUUCAACAUGACCAUAGCUACACGGAUUAUUGCAGCUGGAAAAUGGCUUGGAAAUGAGGAAAUGGAUGCGUUUAUGUAUAUGUGGCGAGAGAAGACAUCUCUGCAGCGUUGGAACGUAGACCGCAUUGCAUUCAUGACAGCUACGUUCUGCCUGCAAAUCGACACAGCAUAUCGCAAGUUUACUCGUAACAAAAAGAAGUAUCAGUUGCCCGAGUUUCUUCUUGCUUACGGUAGAGGAGAGCUUCCAUCUUAUGGGCGGACUAACAAAACUUGGGGUGUCGAUGUUGAUAAACUGUACUUCCCAUUGUUUGUGAAUGGUAACCAUUGGAUUGCAGUGUGCGUGAACAUCAUUGAGAAAAGAGUGGAUGUUUAUGAUUGUUUUCAAGGGAAGAAUAGGCAACACGUUGAGAGGUUUUCUGUGAUGAUUCCACGUAUAGUGAAAGGUGUUGCUCCUCCUGAAGAGAAGAAGCACCUUCUGCUGGAAAAAUACACCAUCCACGACAUUCCUUUGAAGUCUAGGUUGAACAAGUCUUGUGCGGAUUGUGGGGCGUAUGCACUCAAACACUUGGAAUGCCUGUUGCUUGGUCUAGAUCUCGGUUUGGUUGACGAUGAAAUCAUCAUGGGUUGUCGACAGAAGAUUGCUGUGGAUAUAUGGGAGGCUACUCAAGAUCCCAUUUUAAUUCAGCUUAUGCUGCAGCAUGUGCCUUCAGAAUUUGAGACUUCUGAAGUCUAUGACAUUGAAGACGAUUGA